CGCCCUUCUUCAAAAGGGACAAGGCAGAAUGAGAGAGAAAGGCAAGGAAGAGACAAGCGGAAGUGGAACACAUCUGGAUCGUUUGGUUGAAGACAGACAAUCGACUGCGGGUUGCGAGUCUCACACCAUAGCAAACAGCCUUGAGGAGUCCUCGAUGCUGCGCACGCAAGAACAGCGUUUCUUUUCUGAAGCACGUUCAACUGCAUGUGACGGUAUCCCCAAACGUUUGCAUCCAGUGCUUUUCCCCCUAGCUCUUCCUUGGCUCUCCAGUUCUCAACGGCUGCACACUUGUUUUAGUUCGUUGUUUCAUGCCUUUGUGGUGUGUUCAUUCGUACCUAUAAAAAGACCGCCUCUAACAAGUGCCAUAGUGGCACCGGAGGCACUCGACACGCCACACCAAGUGACUAACAAACAACUAUUUCCUUGCGGUCGUGUCUUGGUUUCCUUUUGCCGUGUCAGCGAAUCUCUGACCCUCGGAAACUCUCAGGUCUAUCCAGUCCAGAGCGGCAUCUCUGCUUCUCCGGACGAAGUGUUCGCGCAAAUUUGGGAAAUCCUGGAAAACGUUUUUCGGCUACGGGUUUCCGUGUGUACACCUUUGUUGGUUUCCGGAACCGGUGCACUCUUUUUCAUCUGGGAUGUGCCUCAUUCCACUUCCCUUCUUGAGUCUGACCUCAUCUGUGGCUUUCGUUGUGGCGUGCUCGAAUGCGGAUUUCUCCCGCAAACUCCGCUCCAGAAAUUUUUCAGCACGUCCCGGCUUCAGUCUCAGUCUUAGAUGUUGCAGUUGGGACGAGGCACACCUGUCUAACACAUCACAGGUUGCUUCCUUUUAGCAACCGCCCCCGUUUGUCUGGCAUAACUUUCCGUGGCUUCUCCGACUCUUCGUAUCUUUGUGCAUUCUCUGUAUGCCCGAUACAUAGGGGCGUUGAUGUGCCCGGCACUGGUCUCUGUUUUCAGCUUCCUACGGCAUCUAACAUAACAGUUUCUCUUUUGACAUGGACAUAGACGCGCAUAAUCCUUCCGCCGUUCGUUGCCGGUGUUCAACGGGGAAUUUGGACAGAAUAGAAAUCCAAAAUCUCCGGUGUGACCAGAAGGCUUAUUGAUUACAACAAGAGCGCAGGGCACGGUUGAAGCCGAACUCAUGAACCGGCGAUAGAACGCGCAAAAGCCAUAUUCUUCGCCCUUCACUGUCGUUUCCGGGAUCUCUGUCGAGGAACUAUACACCUUAGCAGUGUGAUCGAAUUUGUCUCGUGCAUCGAUUGCCCCAACCAAGAGCUGUUUAAUACAAGGAAACAAACUGAACACACCGGGAUCCUUCCCUGCUGACGCUAACCAUCAUGGGGCGAUUUGCUGGGCAAGACGAACUUUUCAAGGCGGCUGCCUCUAACGGCGUCGACUUCUUGUCUACACACAUUCAGCUGCCUGCUGAAACAUCAGCUGUUUCUGCCUCUUCACCGCAUGCUCCAAGCUCUCUUUCAGAUAGUCCUCUGGAUAAAGAGGACCUAAACGCUUUGGAAGACGAGGACGGACGGAGUCUCCUUCAUGUCGCAUGUGCCGCUGGCCACCUGCAGGCUGCGGAUUUUCUUCUUCGGGCAGGAGCGGAUUUUCUGAAGGCAGACGAAGGUCACUGGACGCCUUUGUUGUCUGCUGCGUCAGCGGGUCACUUGGGUGUGGUGAAGGCUUUGAUUGAAGCCGCCGAAAAAGCUUCCCACGAGGAGGGGCUCUCUAUUUCAGAGGGAGCGGACCAGCAGGCGAGCACAGAAGUUGUAAAGGAACUCUUGGAGGCGAGGACGCCCUCUGGAGGCACAGCUCUUACGACCGCUGCUGCCAAAGGCCACACAGCUGUUGUUGAAGCUCUUCUCGACGCGGGCGCGAAUAUCGAAGCCACUGAUAACUACGGGCGGACGGCUCUGUCGAAGGCAGUGGUUGCCAGCAAGGAAGCCACCGUUGAAGCGUUGAUGCGUCGAGGCGCAAGCUUGCGGGUUCAAGAGAAGUUCACAGGCGAUAAUCUGCUUCACCUGGCAGUGAAUUCUGAGCACGCCGAUUUGUGCUUGCUGCUGAUGCGAAAUGAUCCGGAUCUCCGAUUUCAAAAGAACAGGGAAGGCGUAACUCCCUUUGAAGCUGGCCGGGGUCCGUUUCUGAAACACCUAGCGAACCUCUUUGAAGCGGAGGAGGGAGAAAACGCAGAGGAUGCCACAGCCGCUGGCUCUAAAGAGGACUGAUGGGAACCGACCUGCUGAGGGCCUCCAUUUCUGUGAUUUCGGGGCUAAGCGUAGUUCCUGCCACCGCGAUGCACUUACUAGGAAACGAGUUUGGUAAUCUGUGCAACGACGCAAGAGUGUUGUUUGUUCAAAAACGCUGAGAUAGUGUUUCUGCCAAGUGUGGUGAAGACGUUGGAGCAGCGUCAUGGCCAGCUCUGCUGCCAAGCUCAGUUUCUCUCUUUCCCAUCGAGGCAGUUCAUUUCUCUUGUAUCUCGUUAUGGAACUACGAGCGAAAGCCGAGGCUGCUCCACCAGAGUGCUUUGGGCGUCCUAAUAUUGUAGCCGAAAGUUUGGAGGCGAGUGAAGCGCGACUACGAAGAGAGUUCACGAGAAGUGCUGGAAGCAGUGAGUGUUUGCUUUGUCCGGUGACUGGCCUGCGACUCCGAUGGAAGGGGGCUCUACAAUAUUUUUUAUCGCUACUUCUUCAGAAAGAGGCUCAGAACACCAGAAGUCAACCCCUAGGUACAGGAACGUCUCGACAAUUCAUUUGUACGCCGAACGGCUGAUAUGAUCAAGCCGCUUGACUAAUUCCAGUCAUCCUAUAGCAUGCCAAGAACAUAGCCGAUAUAGGAUAACCUUAAGGCCGUAGGGUGCCGGAAUCCAACAUGCUUGUAGGUGUCUUACGGAGCAAAGUGGAGUGGUUCUGCUGGAGAGCAACCAUAAAAACAUUUGGUGAUCAAUUUUUUGUUGUUUUGCGAAUACAGAAACUUGAUUCAGGC